UGCUCAGGCCACCCUCUAGCCACACACUUGGCUUCCAGCCCUGCAGCCCUGGUGGCGCCUCAAGGCGCGUGGGUGUCUCUGGCAUGUUGGCAGACAGCCUCUUGAUGCUGCCCUACCUAGCAGGAUCUGUGACUCCAGCUUUUACAGGUGUGAGUGUUCCUUCUCACCUAUGAAAUCUAGGACUGCCGGGGGUUGGGGGGUUGGUCUAAAGACCUGGGACCUUGGAUUAGCCUGAGUAGCUGAUGUUUUCCUCUGUGAUGGACAGAGCAGGCUAGGGCUGGUCUUUCCUGAUUUGCAUGCCUGUUUCCCUGAUGGGAUGCUAUUCAAGGUGCCUUACGCUGGGCCAUCUAGUUUCUGGAGAGGUGGAGACAAGGAGAGGCUGGCUGUGGGCAUUGAUGUCCCUCACUGUAGUGUUGAGAUUCCUCCAGGGCUCCCAGGGACUUCUGCCAUGAUUCUAAGUCAGUGGAAUUGGUUUAGCAUAUGCCCCAUGUCUUGCCCUCUUGGGUCUCUGGAAUGGGAGCCAGUUCUGGAAUCCACUCCAUGGAAGGGGCGGUCCCAUUGUAGUCCAGCCCCUUCCUGGUCCAGGGCUUCAAAUACCUGUAGGUGCUUUGGAAUCAGAGUUACCUUAGGUCCAAGACUACAGUUCAUCUUGGGCCACAGAGGCCCUCAGUCUGGACUGAAUCUCACUGACUCAGGACACUCUACCUUAUUUACAGCCCAGGUAAGUCUGAGGGCUGGGCUGGAGGCUGGGUGGGAACAGAAUCCUUCCAUCCUUGCAAUGAGAGGUCAUCGUGCUCUCUCCCCCACAUACACACACACUGAAGAAACAUGGAGAAUGUAGGAAUGCAGGUCAAUAUGGGUACCAGAACUAAUUGGUUACAGAGAAGCUAUGAUCUGGUGUUACUCUGGGACACUCCUGUCUCCAGGCUUUCUGCUUUGCCAUGGGUUGGCCUUGGGCCUUGCUGACAGCACUUUGGGCACUGGGGGCCAAGGGGGCCACAGCACUGCGCAUUGGAGCCUUCAACAUCCAGAGCUUUGGCGACAACAAAGUGUCAGACGCAGACUGUGGUCGUGUCAUAGCACAGAUCCUGGCUGGCUAUGACAUCGCCCUGGUGCAGGAGGUACGAGACCCAGACCUGAGUGCGGUGUCCUUGCUCAUGGAGCAAAUUAACAGAGUGUCCAAGCAUGAAUACAGUUUUGUGAGCAGCAAGCCACUCGGACGUGACCAAUACAAGGAAAUGUAUCUGUUUGUCUACAGGAAAGACACAGUGUCAGUUGUGAGCACAUACCAGUAUCCAGACCCAGAGGAUGCCUUCAGCCGGGAGCCUUUUGUGGUCAAAUUUUCAGCUCCUAGCUCUGGUGAGGUUGAUACUUCCUUUCCUAGACCUCCCUCUGCCAGGCCUUCCUUGACUCUCAUACUCUCACCUUCCACAGCCGCCAAGGAGCUCGUGCUGAUCCCCCUGCAUGCAGCACCACACCAGGCAGUGGCAGAGAUCGAUGCCCUCUACGACGUGUACCUUGAUGUGAUUGACAAGUGGAACACGGAUGACAUGCUGUUUCUGGGUGACUUUAAUGCUGAUUGCAAGUACGUAAAGGCACAUGACUGGGCGUCAAUCCGCCUGCGCAGUAGUGAGGUAUUUAAGUGGCUCAUCCCAGACAGUGCGGACACCACAGUGGGAAACUCAGACUGUGCCUACGACCGGAUUGUAGUGAGUGGUGCCCACCUGCGCAGGAGCCUGAAGCCCCAGUCAGCCUCUGUUCACAACUUUCAGGAGGAAUUUGGCCUAGAUCAGACCCAGGCUCUUGCCAUCAGCGACCAUUUUCCUGUGGAAGUGACCUUCAAGUCUCACUGACAGCUAAGGCCUCCAGGAUAUACCACCUGCAGACUCCAGCCACAAGGAAUGGCCCCAUAAUGGAUUGCUGGGUGGCAGGCCACCCACCCAUUGAGAAUACAGGGCAGGGCCAGCUGGUGUGGACAGUGGCUAUGGACACAUCACAGGAUUACUUCAAGCCUGUUUCCUCAUCUGUGAUGGCAUCACCUACCUCACAGGGCUGCUGUGGGGAGUACCCACGAAAGGUACCAGAGCAGCAUCAAGAACAUAGCUGCAUGCUUAAUAAACAAGCUGCUCUUGGCCAGGACUACCCACAGACUGGAGGAGGCCUCAUAUGCUUUCUGAGACCUCUGUCCCUAGGCUACAAAACUUGGUCUUAGGGUUGGGGAUUUAGCUCAGUGGUAGAGCGCUUGCCUAGCAAGCGCAAAGCCCUGGGUUCGAUCCUCAGCUCCAAAAAACUUGGUCUUAAUGCCCAGUAUCUGUGUUUCCAUUGCUCUCAGGGAACUGGAUGGCUUAGCUUAUCCACUUCACAGCCUGGUAGGAAUUGGCUACCUCUAGACCAUGUCAGCACUAUCUUCUUACUUCCUUUGUGCAAACUUUAAAUGCUUCCAUGAACUGUAACCCCAAGAGCAGCUUGGGUGGUAAUGUCUUUCUGGACCCUACUGGACUUCAGCCCUGGGAUAUGCUCAUCUGAAGCAGAGGCUUCACUGCAAGAAGCAAGGAAGGUUGUACCCCCAGCCCCCUCAGUGAGCGAGCUCUUCUGGGACUUUCUGGGAAGGAACCCACAGCAAGACAAGGGAAAUUGCUUGGCACUAAAGUCCUGCCCAGAGCCUGCACCCUUGACUGAGUUGAGCCCUUCAAAGGUGUCUUAUGUAGCUUUUUCCCUAAAGUCCUGGGCUGGGCAAGGCCUUGGGAGAAUAGAGGUUUUAUGCUCAGGUGGGCCAUCACAUUAGGAGCAGGAAAUAGCUCUGUCCACACAAGGCUCUCAUGAGAUUUCUGGUUGUUAAAGUUUCUCGUCUUUAUAUCCCAAGGUCAAUAACAUAUCUUUAGUGGCAUUAGAGAAAUAGGUUUGAAUCAUAU